CUGGAACUGAUGCUCCAAAACUUGUGCCCCCCCGCGGGGAGGGAGGUGAACUACAGCGGCGGCUCAAAGCCCGGAUGGAGGAGCAGCCAUUGGGGAAGUGUACAGGGCUUUAACGUAACUGAGGAGGGCUGUCUCUCUCUGGAAUAAUUAAGACAAAGUAAAAAGGCGACCAAGGAUAAAAAUAUCAAGAUCACGAAAGGUCCACUUGGCGAAACAUAACGUGUACUUGAAAAAGCUGUACCAGGACUUGGCUUUGUUUCAGGCAGAGUAUCCGAGGCGACAGACUUGAAGUGUGGAAGUUGGGAUACGUGCGGAAAAUAUACAGCUGAGCCUGCUGCUGCUGCUGCUGCAACUACGAGCCACAUAGCUAACUGUAACUGAGCUGAGAACGGGGCUUUGAAUCCAGUCACAAGCCCAGGCUCUGUGAGAAUCCAGGGACUUACUUAAUGAAUUAUGUCUGCCACAAGCAUUGACCCUCAGAGAUCAAAGGGACAAGCAUCUAAAGUGCAAAAUGGUUCUUUGCAUCAGAAGGAGACUCACCAUGACAAUGACUUUGAGCCAUACCUCACUGGUCAAUCAACUCAGAACAACAGCUACCAGUCCAUCACCGACCCCUACCUGUCCAGCUACUACGCCCCUUCCAUUGGAUUUCCGUAUCCCCUCAGCGAGGCUCCCUGGUCUACAGGUGGAGAUCCCCCUAUUCCAUACCUGACCCCAUAUGGACCCUUGAGUAAUGGAGAUCAUCACUUCAUGCCGGACACAGUGUUUGGCCAGCCAGGGGGCCUUGGAAGCAGCAUCUAUCCCCACAGGUUUAACUUUUUCCCUGAAAACCCUGCCUUCUCUGCUUGGGGCACGAGUGGCUCCCAGGGCCAGCAGACUCAGAGUUCAGCCUAUGGAGGCAGCUACAGCUACCCUCCCAGCUCCCUCGGGGGCACCCUCGUGCCUGAUGGUCAGACAGGUUUUCACAGUGACACCCUCAACAAAGCCCCCGGGAUGAACAGCCUGGAGCAGGGUAUGGUUGGCUUGAAGAUCGGAGGCGAUGUCACGGGUCAGGGGUCAGGAGUCAAGGCUGUGGGGUCUGUUAUUGGUGGACCUCCUGUGGCGCCUACAGGGAACGGAGCCACACCUAUUGGAAUGCCCCCGCCCAAACCCACCUCCUGGGCUGCUAUUGCCAGUAAGCCCGCCAAGCCGCAGCAGUUGAAAGCCAAGGUGAAACCAGGGAUGCCCAAUCCAGGGGGAGCUCUUCCCCCUCCACCCAUCAAACACAACAUGAACAUUGGGACUUGGGACAAGGGCCCGGUGACUAAAGUAGCCACAGCCCCAAUGCAGCAGCAACUCGGCCUGCCACAUGGAAUGCCACCUCAACCCCCCAUGCAGCAAGGACCCAUGCAGCCCCCCCUUCCCCAGUCUAUGUUGCAGCCUCAGAUGCAGCCUAUGGCCUUACAGCCCCAGCCCCCCCAUCACCAGCAUCAUCAGCCACCACCUCAAGCCUACCAUAACCAAACUCAGCCCCCUCAACCCCAGACCCGCUGGGUUGCCCCCCGUAACCGUAACCAAGGCUAUGGGCAGGGGGGCCCUGGCCAAGACGGUUGUGGUGUGAUGGGUAUGGUUGGUGGUGGGAACUGUGGCCCCCAAGCUCCUGGAAGCCAGGGACCUGGUGUAGAGUCCCACCCAGUGCUAGACAAGCUGCGUGCCUCCCAUAGCUACAACCCCAAGGAAUUUGAGUGGAGCCUGAAGAAUGGACGUGUUUUCAUCAUAAAGAGCUACUCUGAGGACGAUAUCCAUCGCUCCAUCAAGUACUCCAUCUGGUGUAGCACGGAGCAUGGAAACAAGCGGCUGGACUCAGCCUUCCGGGCCAUGAAUAGUAAGGGCCCCGUGUACCUGCUGUUCAGUGUCAACGGCAGCGGUCAUUUCUGCGGCGUGGCAGAGAUGCGCUCACCAGUGGACUAUGGUACCAGUGCGGGUGUUUGGGCACAGGACAAGUGGAAGGGCAAGUUUGAUGUGGACUGGUUGUUUGUUAAGGAUGUGCCUAAUAGCCAACUGCGCCACAUCCGCCUGGAAAACAACGACAACAAACCAGUGACCAACUCCCGUGACACCCAGGAGGUUCCUCUGGAGAAGGCCAAGCAGGUGCUCAAGAUCAUCACCACCUACAAACACACCACCUCCAUCUUUGAUGACUUCUCCCAUUAUGAGAAGAGGCAGGAAGAAGAAGAGGAGGUGCGAAAGACCUUUGAACCUCCUCAGAUACAGAACCGCUCUCGAUUGGAUCAGGAGCGUCAAAACAGGAACAAACAAUAGAAGACAUUUAUCCUUGGCUUGAUCAACAGUUACACUAGGACUUUUGAUUUAAGAGACAGAAGAAUAUGAAAAUGCAACCAAGCCCUUCACUUUUUUUCUAUUUAAUCCUGGUGAAUCUCUGCCAUUGUCGAGACUUGUGCUUUUUUUGCCCCAUGUACCACCCACUUCUUGUGCAGGGAUAACAAGCUGAUUUAAUGUAUUACCUAAACGCCACCACACUCUUUAGUUCGGGGUCUUUUUUUAAAACUAUUUUUCUUCCCGCUCCAUCUCGUACUCUUCUCUCACCAGACUGGUUUCCUCUCUCCUGCUCCCCACCCCCACCUAUAUCCAAUCGAAUCAGGGUUUGACUGCACCAUGGAGAAAAAAAAAAUCUGCCACUUUAUAUUUCAGUACAAUCAGGAACAGAUGUGUCCUGCCCCUGUUUGUCCAUUUGGGGGCAACAUUGCCAUGCUUCAGAGGUUUAAUGUGCCAACAGGGUUGGAGGAUCCCAAAGGCAAUGUUGGACUGGGAGCUGUGGGAUAAUAAAACUUCACUGGUUUAUCUAUUUUUCAUUCAGAUCUACAAAAUCUCUAUUUUUUGGCUUACUACUGACAAUUUUCAUUUCAGAAACCUGUUUUCUGGAGCCUUAAUGUUUUUUUUUUUUCUAAUUAUUGGUGACUCAAAAGAACUGCUCAAACAGUGACACUGCUGGAGAAAUCAGGGAUAGUGUGAAGUCACACAGGACUCGAGACAUUUCUGAGGAGGAAAUGCAAAGGCCUCUGGGAAAGAAAUAACAGAUGUGUCCUCCACAACCAGAACUCUCACCAUUUUAAGUCAAAAAUUGUACUAUUGACAUCCUUCACACCCCUCUGCUUUGCUUUCUUUUCGAGGUCUGUCUUGGAAGGGGUCUUUUGUAUGUAUCAUCAGGAGAUUCUGCUUGUGUACGCAACCCAGUCUGAGAGAAUUGUCGCAUCCAACAUUUUUAAAUUGUUUUAUAAUCAAAAAUACUUAAUGAUGUAACUACUACAUUGAAUGAAUUGUUGCUUUUGCUUUUUUUUUGUUCCACAGAAACGGGGGGAAGGGUUCACGUUUUUGUCUAUUCACCAUCAUUCUGUCUUAAUCCUCUUGUUUUUUGUUUUUCCUUGAAUUUGGAUUUGCUAAGUCUGUCAUGUUGGUCGUAAUGCUAAGCUUUAACAUAGGAGCCUAUAUAUUCAUGGAGAAAGCCUAAAAAUGUAUAACCUAAAAAUUAAUGUAACUGAUUUACUAUCAAGUAAGAAAAAAAUAAGAAUGAAAUGUGGUUUCUGUGUGUUUUUUGGUUGUUGUUGCAAAAAUAGUUUGAUCUAGACUGAAACACUGAUUAUGAUUCAGUAAAAUACUUUCAGGUAUGUGAACAGAAAAAAAAGAUUGGAUAUUAAAAACACAGUCACUCAGAGAUGUGUGUGUGCCUGUGCAUGACCACAUACAGUAUAUCUGGUAGAAAGUCUGCUGGGAAUUUUCUCCUUUUCUUCCUCCUGCAGCUUGUCUUUUCUUGUGUUAUUUCAGAGCCUUCACAGCCAGAUUGCAGGUGUUUGUUUUUUUGUCCACGUUUGGGCUAAGCAGGUUCUCUCCUGAUAAGUAUGAAGCUGCUUGAAUAUUCUGUGGAUUGUGAGGUUACCAUGAUGCCGAGAGUUGCUGUAAAGCUGCUAAUAGACAUGGCUGUAAAUGUAAAAGCAAUGGUUUCUCCUUUUUGGCAUUUUUGUGUUUCUAUGUCACCAUUACGUUCCCAAAUAUUUCGAUCCCAACUUCCAAUUUUUGUUUGAAAUACUUCAACUGAAAGACAGAAAGCGACGGUUGCAAAUGUUUAAAUAUAAUGUGGCCUGAGCUCUUUUUUUUCUCUAGCUGUUUUCAGAUUGUGUUAGAGUACUGUCACAUGAUUUACUUUGAUUUUGUCAAACCUUUACCCCGCUGAGAUGGCAGAAGAACUGCACUUUGCUGAGGUCACUAGAGUGAUCACAUGCUUCAGUCAUGUUUCCUGAAAUGUGGAGCUGCAUUGUAUUUCUUUCUUUCAUGGCCAGUGUAUCCCCUGUAAUCCAGAGAACGACUUCUAACAGUAUCCUCUCUUCUCCAUCUCUUCUUUUUUUUUUUUUUUACCUGCACUAAUCAAUAGCUAGGUUGAUCCGAGCAAUGUGCUGAAGGCCCUUCACACGGUUGCCUUCACUGGUGCCACUCUCUCAGACCAGUGUAGAGUCGAGGUGAGGUGAGAAGCUAAAGGAUGCCACAUAAGACGAGCUGUCUUUGCCUUAGGAAGCAUGAGCUGGUUGUGAUCACAGAACAGGGCUGGAUGUGCACGUUAAUAAUCGUCAGACAAUGUAUGUUGCAAUAGAGCGAUGUCGGGUUAGCCAUCAAAAUAUAUGUAUCUACUCUACAAAAGGAUUAAUGACAUGAUAUAUUAGACAUUGAUUAUCUUUUAGACUGCAGUUGUAGUGGGCUUAACUUGUUCAAAAAAAUUAUCUGGGUUAUUCUUUAUAGAAGACAUCAAGCCUUAAUAAACUACCCAUUCAGAAAUUA